CGCCGCGCUGUGCGCAUGCGCAGUGUGCAGUUUCUCCCCCUCCCCGUCAGGGCGGGCCGUACCAUUCUGAGGGAAGCGCUGGGGGGGGGGAAGAGGAGGGAAGCGGACGGGCCCACUCUGAGGAGAACCCCGGGGGGGGUUGGGGGGGCGUUUCGGACGCCUGGGUCCUCUCUGCACCCGUAUCCAGGCGUCUGGGCCCCCACCCCCGUCCCCCAGGAAAUGCUGCGGCGGGUUUUGGGGGGUCGGCGAGGGGGGGUUCUGCCCCCCCGUCCCCCUGCCCGGGCAGCCGCUGACCAGACCCCGCCUGACCUGGCCCGGGAGCGUUCCAAGGCCGUCACCUCCUUCUACCACCAACCCGCCAUCGACAUCGCCGCCGAGAAGCCCUCGGUGCGCUUGACCCCCACCACCAUGUUGUACUCGGGGCGCUCGCAGGACGGCAGCCACAUCCUGAAGAGCGCCCGCUACCUCCAGCAAGAGCUGCCGGUGCGCAUCGCCCACCGCAUCAAGGGCUUCCGCAGCCUCCCCUUCAUCAUCGGCUGCAACCCCACCAUCCUCCACGUGCACGAGCUGUACAUCCGCGCCUUCCAGAAGCUCAGCGAGUUCCCGCCUAUCCAGGCGCGGGGUGACGAGGCGCGGUACUGCGCGCUGUUGCGGGAGCUGCUGGAGGACCACAAGGACGUGGUGACGCUGUUGGCCGAGGGGCUGCGCGAGUGUCGACGACACAUCCAGGACGAGCGCCUGCUGCGGCCCUUCCUGGACAAGACGCUGACGUCGCGGCUGGGGAUGCGGAUGUUGGCCGCCCACCACCUGGCCCUGCACGAGGACAAGCCCGACUUCGUGGGCAUCAUCUGCACCCGCCUCUCCCCCAAGAAGCUCAUCGAGAAGUGGGUCGACUUCGCCCGGCGGCUGUGCGAGCACCAGUACGGGAACGCGCCGCGGGUGCGCAUCAACGGGCACGUGGCGGCGCGGUUCCCCUUCAUCCCCCUGCCCCUCGACUACGUCCUGCCCGAGCUGCUCAAGAAUGCCAUGAGGGCGACGAUGGAGUCCCACCUCGACACCCCCUACAACGUCCCCGACAUCGUGGUGACCAUCGCCAACAACGACAUCGACCUCGUCAUCCGGAUCUCUGACCGGGGUGGUGGCAUCCCCCACGACCUCCUGGACAAGGUGACCGAGUACCACUUCAGCACGGCCGAGGCCAGCGCCCAGGACCCCCGCUUGGGAGGUCCCUUCCGCAACCUCCUGGACCUCAGCAACAGCGGCCAGGCCGGCCCCAUGCACGGGUUCGGGUUCGGGCUGCCCACCUCGCGGGCCUACGCCGAGUACUUGGGGGGCUCGCUCUGCCUGCAGUCGCUGCAGGGGGUGGGCACCGACGUCUACCUGCGCCUGCGCCACAUCGACGGCAAGGGGGAGAGCUUCCGAAUCUAGGGUGCCCGGACGCCUGGGUUCCCCCUCCACCGCCACCCCGGACGCCUGGGUCCUGGAGACCCCCACGUUGGACGUUCAUCAUCGUGGAGGUCAAGGUGGACCUGGAGACCCCCAUGUUGGACAUUGAUCAUCAUGGAGGUCAAGGUCCUCCUGGAGAACCACCCCCACGUUGGACGUUCAUCGUCGUGGAGGUCAAGGUGGACCUGGAGACCCCCACGUUGGACAUUCAUCAUCGUGGAGGUCAAGGUGGACCUGGAGACCCCCACGUUGGACGUUCAUCGUCGUGGAGGUCAAGGUGGACCUGGAGACCCCCAUGUUGGACAUUGAUCGUCAUGGAGGUCAAGGUCCUCCUAGAGAACCACCCCCACGUUGGACGUUCAUCGUCGUGGAGGUCAAGGUGGACCUGGAGACCCCCAUGUUGGACAUUGAUCAUCAUGGAGGUCAGGGUCCUCCUGGAGAACCUCCCAUGUUGGACAUUAACGAUCAUGGAGGUCAAGGUCCUCCUGGAGAACCCCUUCAUGUUGGACGUUCAUUGUCAUAGAGGUCAAGGUCCUCCUGGGGAACUGCCUCAUGUUGAACGUUGAUCAUCAUGGAGAUUAAAGUCCUCCUGGAGAAGCCCUUCAUGUUGGACGUUCAUCAUCAUAGGGAUCAAGGUCCUCCUGGAGAACCGCCCCACGUUGAACGUUGACCAUCAUGGAGGUCAAGGUGGACCCAGAGACCCCCAUGUUGGACGUUGACCAUCAUGGAGGUCAAGGUGGACCCAGAGACCCCCAUGUUGGACAUUGACCAUCAUGGAGGUCAAGGUGGACCAGGAGAACCCCCCCAUGUUGGACGUUGACCAUCGUGGAGGUCAAGGUGGACCGGGAGAACCCCCACGUCAGACGUCCAUCGUCAUGGAGGUCAAGGUGCUCCCGGACACCCGGGUCCCUCGUUGGACGUUGGGGCGCCCACCCCACCCACCCAGGACAUUGGGGUUCCUGAUCCUCCCCACCCCGUUUGGCUUCGUUAGGGCCCCCCUCGUUAGCGGAGCGGGGCGCCGCCCUCAUUAAAGCUGCAGCCAGU